AUGAGGGAUCGCGUGGCUGCGGUUCACUCACAUGAGUACCAGCCUCCGACGCUGAGCUCAGAAGAGGACCCGUCGCAGCAGCCAUCAGGAUUCACAUCAAGCGGAUGGGACAAGUACUACUUCUUCAGCAAUCCAGCCAACUGCUCCGGACCUGGCAAAGGUGGCCUGCAUCCAACCGCACGGCUGGGGCGCAAUCGUCCAGCGAUGAAUGGACCCCAGACCUUCACGAUUGAAGCCUUCAGCCCAGAGGAGCUGGCCUUUGCGCGGAAGAAGAUUGAGAAGAAGGGUGCCCGCACCUCCUACACAGAGGCCUUCAGCCAGUUCCCCAGAAGCUCCACCUCGGUGCUUGGGCCCAUUGAGAGGGCCACGGGGCCACACAUCAUGAAGCAGGCCGCUGCUUCGGGGCAGUCGGUGUCCGACACCCUCAGCCAGGCCGGCUUGGGCGCGCUGACGCGCUCCAUGACGGUGCCCGAGUUGAUGGCAGGGCCCCAGACAGCGCACCGCAUGGGCCCUCACUGGCCGCCUCCCGGUCCUGAGCGACCCGACCCGCUGAAGACCCGGCAGCAGCUCAUGCAGAUGGGCCCUCACCGUACCUUCGUGGAGCUUCAUGCCAAAGACCGGAAGGCACCAGAGGAGUAUUUGUACACCGUUACCAGGACAUGA